UAAGGUUUGUGAACUUACCUUCAUAAUUGUUGUGAAUCUACUGUCAAAUCGUUGAUAAUUAUAUCGGAAAUAUCAUUCAUAAAGAAAUUUUUCAUUAUUUAAAUUUUUGAAAAGUAUAAUUUCAUAAGAAUGUCAAGUAUUACAAUUUCGGCAGUCCGACCACGAACAAGUAUCCUAGAUAGAUCUUUGAGUAAAGGAAAAGGAGAGGUUAGCUUAAGUUGCUUUGCUCUUUUAUUUUCAGAACUUGUACAAUAUUGUCAAAAUCGUGUUUAUACUGUACCAGAAUUACAAAAUAAGUUAGCUGAAAUAGGUGCUGAGAUAGGACAUAGAGUUACUGAUCUUCUUGUUGUAAGAGAAAAAGGUGGGAAACGUGAAAUUAAACUUUUAAACAUAUUAUUGUUUAUUAAAAGUACAUUAUGGAAAUCGUUAUUUGGUCGUGAAGCUGAUAAGUUAGAACACGCAAAUGAUGAUGAACGAACAUACUACAUUAUUGAAAAAGAAGCUUUGGUAAAUAAAUUUGUCUCAGUUCCAAAAGACAAAGGAAGUUUAAAUUGUGCAUCUUUUACAGCUGGAAUUGUUGAAGCUGUUCUUUGUGAUUGUGGCUUUCCAGCUAAAGUUACUGCCCAUUGGCAUAAAGGAACAACUUAUAUGGUAAAAUUUGAUGACGCAGUCAUAGCACGUGAUAAACAACUAGAAGAACGAUAAUAAAAAUAAAAUUUAUGCAAUAAAUCUUAUUUAAUUGUAAUAUGAUAUAAUUAUAGUAAACAUAUACAGUAAUUUGUAAAAUCAACUUAUAGUUCUAAUUAAAGAUAAAAUAAUUAUUUUUAUAGAUA